AUGCAGCCUGCUGGUCAACCCUUCGCAUUUCCCUCGCUUCCGCUUGGUUAUGGCAUGCUACCAUCAGGCCCUCAUCCAACUCAUUUCUUGCCCGGUCAGCCUAUGGAGAAAGGUGCUAUGUCCGAGAAGUCACCAAGUUACAUAGAGGCCUUGCAGGGCAUCGACCCUGCGUCUGGAAGCCAACAUAGCUUGUCUUACGAUACGCAGAAGACAGGAGUGGCCUUCGACCAGGAAAUACCCAAUGAACAAACCUCUCAUCGGAAACUUCAAACGGAUCUUAGUGAAGCACCAGAUGGAGGAAUAAGGGCAUGGCUUGCAGUUUUUGCGCAAUACUGCAUUGGUUACAUUCUCUACGUUUGGUUUUUUAACUUCAUGGGGUGUCUUCCAAGAGUAUUACCAGGAAAAUCUUCUGCCUCACACUCCACCUUCAACUAUAGCAUGGAUAGGUUCUACGCAGGCUAUGCACUUGUGUGCCUUCCGUCACUUGCAACAGGGCGACUGUUUGACUUGGGGUACUUCAAAAUACCAUUCUUCGUCGCUAGCUGCGUCCUCGUCGCGUGUACUUUCCUAACCGCGGAAUGUACUCAAUUCUGGCAGCUCUUCCUGACACAGGGUGUCGGCCUGGGAAUGGGCUGCGGUUUCGUAUUUAGUCCCGCAAUCGUCAUCGUGUCACAUUGGUUCUCCAAGAGACGUGGCCUUGCUUUGUCUAUCACCGCCGUUGGAUCUGCCCUCGGCAGCAUCGUGUUUCCUGUAGCGGCACAAAAUUUGAUUCCGUUAAUUGGGUUUAGAUGGACAUUUCUUAAACGGCGGCUUCCGCCCGUCAACGUUCGUGGUGGACUCUUCAACCUCAAAGCAUUCCGCGACAAAGCAUAUUCCACCUAUUGCAUCUCAGCAACUAUCAUACUUUUAGGUUUUUAUACAGAGUUAACAUACAUCUCUGUGAGCGCCGUAGCAAUUGGCGUCUCGAAAGAUUUUUCAUUCUAUAUAAUUGCGAUUGCCAAUGCGGCAUCUGCUUUUGGACGUGUGUCAUCUGGACUGCUGGCAGAUAAAAUUGGCGCACUCAACACCAUAAUAGUUUUUACUGCUAUUACGGGAAUCACGACAAUCGCUUGGCCAUUUGCUAAAGAUGAAUACCAGCUGAUUGCAAUAGCCACCAUUCACGGAUUCUCUAUUGGAGCAUACAUAUCUCUGUACUCUGUACCUGCCGUGGCAAUGGGGGAAAUGGAAGACGCAGGGGCGUCGAGUGGGGAUGAGGGUUCGUCGAUGCGGGUUAUUAUUCAGGCAGGUGGCAGCAUUAUAUUUGGUGUUGCAUUGCUACUUGUGGCGCGGCACCUCCAUCUCGGACGGCUAUGGGGCAAGUUUUGA